AUGACUAGGGCCCCAGCUCUGCACCAGGUAAGUGGCCAGACCCCUACAGCCUCCAGCAGCACCAGCCAUCCCCCACCACACACCCUCAACACAGCACCAGACACAAGAGUCCCCCAUGGGCCUCAGAGCAACAUCACCACAGCACCAGGCCCUAUAGAGGCUGGACCCAGUGCAGACCGAUCUCCUGACCCCUUCAGGCCUCAGAGGCUCUGCGGGGGGAAGGAGGCGGAAGAGGAAGAAUUGGGGAGACGUAGUUCAUUUCUGGCUGAUCCGGUUCCGGGGUUUACCACCUCCCACCACGUUCUAGUUCCGGGGAUUCCUGACAUUCCCCGUGGCCGGGCCACAUCCACCCCGGCAGCCGCCGCCACCCGCGCCGCCCCCUCCUCCUCUUCCUCCUCCUCAUUCUACUCCGGCAUGAGUUGGGGGACGCCAUGCCCUGGGACUGAGGCCUACAGGGUGGGCACCUUCCACCCCUCAACGCCUUAUGUCACAGGGCCCUGCCCCCGACCCCUCCUCCAUAGUCACCACCUGCUAUCCUUGACGGACAGAUGGAGGUAUGUGAUUUUUCCCCUGAGGACUACUCUGUCUGUAUCCCAGAAGUAUUGGACAGGGGGAAAAGAGAGUGAGUACUCUUUUGGAUAUGGUGGAGUAGAGAAGUCUGGGGCCCCUCCGUUUGACGAAGUCCAGUCACUUUAGUGACGUGAGACAGGAAGACAGCACUGGAAAAAAAGAUUGAGAAUGUUCUGCAUUGAGAUGACAGUUGUACCCAUGAGAGUUGACAUCUUUCCUAAGGGCAGCUUCUUGAGCACUACAGCAAGAGGACUACAAGGACCUGUGAGUUUGCCACGUGUGCUCUUCACACUUGAGCCCCUUUUUCCCCAGAGUCUGGAUAUACUGGAGAGACAGUGUGUUACAAAUUCGGGGGUUGGGAAAGUUGGGGUGGAUUUUGAUAGCAACUGUUUCAAGUCUGCCACCAUAAUCAACACACUUUUUAAAAAUCUAAACAAUUGAGGCUGACUAAUUGAUAGCAAUUGAUGAAAAAUGUCCAAAAACUUGUGUGCCAUAUAAUGUCUGUGGACCUCCCACCUCCACGAAGGGAUGAGUUAGGACUGUCUUCUCAUAGAUUAGAGUCAUGCUUGAUCUUUAUCAUAGUUAUAUUACUUUUUGAUACUUUUGGUGUGUUAGGUUUUUUCCAUUUACAUUAUUGUAAUCAUUUUAUCUAUUGUUUUCUUGGCUCUGCUGACUUCACUCUGCAUCAAUUCAUACAGAUCUUUCAGUGCUUCUCUGUACGCAUCACAUACAUUAUUUUAUAUAGUACGUGAAUCUUCCAUUACAUUCAAGUAUCACAAUUUGUUUAGCCAUUCCACAAUC